AGUUGCAUUUGCGAGCCCCGAGCCUGAGUCGUCUUAGACUCCAUCGCCAAUUAGGAAACAAUUAUUACCAACAAACGUGGCCUCGCCGCCGGUGACCUUAGCAGGACGACAGCCUAAGGCAGGGGGAAGCCGGUUCGCCAGCCGCUUCCCACUCCCCCUUCCCUGCCCCCCACUUCUCUCCCUUCCCCCUCCCCCUCCCCGUCGCGGCGUCUGACGUCCCGCGCGUCGGGGCGGCGGAGCUGCGCGGAGAGCCAGACGGGCCGCAGCGCGGUGUAAAGAAAAAAAUGACAAUCCAAUGGGUGGCAGUUGCAACCUUUCUUUAUGCCGAAAUAGGACUCAUUUUACUCUUCUGUCUACCUUUUAUUCCUCCUCAGAGAUGGCAGAAGAUUUUUUCAUUUAAUGUUUGGGGUAAAAUUGCAACUUUUUGGAACAAGGCUUUUCUUACCAUUAUAAUCCUAUUGAUUGUUCUGUUUCUAGAUGCUGUGAGAGAAGUAAGGAAAUAUGCCUCUAUUCAUACCAUUGACAAGAGCUCAACUAGCAAACUUGGUGCCUAUGAACAUACACAGAUGAAACUUUUUAGGUCUCAAAGAAAUCUUUACAUUUCUGGAUUUUCAUUAUUUUUUUGGCUAGUGUUGAGACGUCUGGUUACACUUAUAACUCAGCUGGCAAAAGAACUCUCAAACAAAGAAAUGCUUAAAAGUCAAGCAGAAAAUACUAAUAAGGCUGCCAAAAGAUUCAUGGAAGAGAAUGAAAAACUAAAAAGGAUUUUGAAAACCACAGAUGAAGAACACACUUUGGAAACAGAAAAUAAAAAACUAGUAGAAGACCAGGAAAAACUGAAAGCUGAAUUAAAGAAGACUUUAGAUGCCCUUUUUAAGGCACAGAGUGAUGUGAUGACAAUGAAGACACAGUCAGAGAGACUUUCAAAAGAAUAUGAUCGACUCCUGAAAGAGCACUCAGAACUUCAGAAUCGUUUAGAAAGAGACAAUAAGAAAGGUCUGUGAACUUCAUGGAAGAAGAUUCUGAUACACCGUGUCAAGAUAAUAAAUUUGUUAUCAUGGUAGCCACUAGAAAAUUUAAAAUUCAAUUUAGAAAAAUGUACUAUGACUGUUUUUUAAAUGCCACACAUAGACUAGGUAGUAGUGAAAUUUUCAAAAUAUUUGAUAAUGUUUCAAAUAUAUCACAAAGAGUAUAUUCCAGCUCUUUAAAAAAUAUAUAAGCAUGUUAAAACCCAUAUUUACAUAUUGAUAGACUUUGGUGCAAUGGUGGCUCUUUACCAAUAAAAGGUUCAUUGAUUAGCCAGUUACUUCCAAAUUUAGACGUUUUAAAGUUGCAUGAAACUAUCAAUAGCCUUGAAAGCUUUGAUGAGUUUUCAGUCAUAAUCUAUUUAAUCAGUUGCUGAUAAUGAUGUGUUUGAAAAUAGUAUUCAGUAUUGGAAAAUUUAUUCAUAGGAAAUUUAAAUAAGGAUAAAUGAUAAAUAUUAACCACUGUAUUUAUAGAGAAGAGUCACCAACAACAGUGAAAACAAUGACAAUUUUUUUUAAGCUUGAUCUUACUAUGGUUUACUCAAAUAAGACUAUUGAUAUAUUUUUGUUACUGCACUUUUGCACAUGUCAUACUGUUUUUUAAUUGACAUUUGUGUUAGUAACACAAAAAUUGUUAUGAAUUCUACCUUUUCACUCAGCAUCAUGGCACACGCCUGUAAUCCCAGCUCUGGAGGCUGAGGCUAGAGAAGCAUGAGUUCAAGGUCAAUCUCAGUAAUUUAGCAAGGCCCUAAGUAACUCAGUGAGACCCUGUAUCUAAAUAAAAUAUAAAAAAGGACUGGGAUUGUGGCUCAGUGGUUAAAUGCCCCUAGGUUCAAUCCCUGGUUCAAAAAAAAAAAAAAAAGAAUUCUACCUUUUCAAGAUCUUCUAUUAAUAGAGAUUACAACUGUUUGCAUUAACUGUCAUAGCAUUGGACUGAACUUAUUUUACAAUGUGGAAUUUUUGACUUAAAAAGUUAAUGUAUAACAUAUCCAAAAAGCAGUGUUUUUUAUGUUUGUGAGAGCUACAAAUUACACAGAUAUUACCUCAAAUAUUCAUACACUGGUGUCCACAGUUUCUGAGACAUUUCUGUAUUCUAGAAGCUAAAUAUUAAAUGCUGCUUUCCUUUCAAAUAUUCAUUUAGAGAUAGUGAUUGUAAAAGUAACAAUUUAGUUAACGAUUUAGGUUUCAGUGUUUAGACAUGAAAAUUUAUUUCCUUGUCUCAUAAAGACCUAAAUAUAAAAGAAAAUGAAAAAUAACUGGAGUUUUUCUUCUUUGGUCUGUUUCAUCCUCUUUUUUUUUUUAUGAGAAAAAUUAAGUAAUAUUGAUGAACGUUUAAAACAAAUGAAUAACCAUUAACUCAAAAAGAGCUUAAAUUAGUAUCUAUUUGUGGAAACUAUUUUGCUAUUGAAUAUACAUGAUACUCCCUUUUUUAAAAAAAAAAAGAGUUUUUUUUAAUAUUUAUUGUUUAGUUUUCGGCAGACACAACAUCUUUAUUUUAUUUGUAUGUGGUGCUGAGGAUCGAACCCAGCGCUGCGCGCAUGCCAGGCGAACAUGCUACUAUUUGAGCCACAUCCCCAGCCCUCAUCCUCUUUUUUUGUUUGUUUGUUUUUUAGUACUUGGGAUUGAACCCAGGGCCUUCUUGCAUGCUAAGCAGGUACUCUCUAGCCCACUCUUUUUAAUUUUAAUCUUAGACAAGACUCACUAAGUUGUCCAGGCUGCAUCAAAUUUGCAGUCCUCCUGCCUCGGUGUCCCUUACACAGUUGCUGAGGUUACAGGCAUACACCACAGCACCCAGCUGUUGUUCAUUGUAAUUUUAAUGUGUAUUUUAAUUUUGUGUGUAUUUGAUUUUUUAUUGUAAGGUGUAUAAUAUCAUUUCAAGUAAAAGUCAAGAGUUACUGCUAGAAAACAGAUAUGAAGGAGACAUUUAACAGGAGUAAGAAAUAGGAGUUAGCCCAUAUGGUCUAACAACACCAUAAAUAACAAGGAAAGGGAGUGCUAAAAUAGGAGAGAAAUGAACAAAUGACAGCUCAAAGUAAAGACAUAGAAAUAUCAAAGUGAGAUCUAUAUGGGUAAAUAUAUAAGAUAUUGAAUGUGUGUGAUCUUGGCCUACUCUACAAAAAUCAAGUCUAAAGUCAGAAUAACAUGCAAAAAAAAGGAGAAAAAUACACAUCUUUAGAACUGGAAGAACCAAAAUCCCAACGUCAUCAUUUAUGUAGUCAUGUGAUUUUAAGUUUUUCAAAUUUGCUAGGCCUCCAUUUUCAUCUCCAAAAUGGGAAUAAUAAAAUUUGAUAAGGAUUGCUAUACAGACUAAGAUUACACAGUGAUUCUCAAAGUUGUUCAAACUGUAUAGUAAGGAGUCUGGGUACUUUUUGACAAGCAUGAGGAUUUGCAAAACUUUAAUGUUUACAUAUAGGGGAUCUUAAACCUCAACACUCAGUUUUGCAGAUCUUCAACUAGAGACUUUGAAAGUUUGAUCCUUUUUCCCAAGGAAAGGAUUUGAGGGUAAGGAUUUGAGUCUAGAAUUCAUGUAUCUAGUUUCCCUGCAUAUUCAUUCACAACUGGCUGUAAUUUGCUAAAUUGAAAACAUUGCCAUGUUUUGCCAGUGUUUGAACCAGGGAGUCUGGCUACAGAAUCUGUAUGCUUUACCACUGUACCAAACUGUCUCACACAUCAUAUUUGUUAGUUUUUCCUUAGCAAUUUCUAUCAUGUGAGGAGAUAUGUAUUACAUGAAUUUAGUUACACUGCAUAUUAAAUUGUUUUUCUUCUCAUUA